CUUGUUUGCCAGCGUCAAGGCCGUACACUGUGGCGUCUCGUUGGCAGUCUUGUUCGCCUUGCGAUAGAGUUGGGGCUUCAUCAUGACCCUACUUCUCAAAAUCACACCUUCACUGAAGAGGAAUGUCAAUUACGUAUCCGCCUCUGGGGAAUCGUGAUGGUGCAUGAUCGAGGAACCUCUAUCUUACUCGGCCGACCCCUUGCUAUUGCUCCUUAUGAUUCCAAUACCCCACGCCCAUCUCGUGGGAUCAAGGGGCAAUACAGUGACUUCUCCGAGCAUUUCCUUUUAUCUCAUCCCAUCGCAGAGAUUCAAGCUGAUAUUAUCAACUCAUUGUAUGCUCCAACCAGACAGAGCACAGAUACAAUCAUGCGACAUGCGACACGUAUCAUUAAGAGUAUGAUCGAGUUCAGGCGGCAGCUUCCUGACAACUACAAGUGGUACUUUGGUGGCACAGAAGAGUGGCCACUGGAGAAACGUCAGAAACUCGUUCAAGAUAUCACAGAAGAUGAAGGCUUGACUCUUUUGAAAAUCGGGAUAUCAAGAAUCCUCCUGUUGCGCGCAUUAUUCAGCAUCAAAGAACUUGAUUACGGACACCGAGUCCGAGCCCUUGUUGAUGCUAUCGUCACAUCCCAUAACAUUAUUAUCGUUCACAAUCAGCUUAUUCGGUUCCCUGACAUCGCCUUUUUCGUUUCUCCCAUUCCCCUGCACAUUGCUGCAAUGGUAAUACUCUACGGGCACAUGUCGCAUUGCGAACGGCUGUCUCGCCAAGUCAUGGUCGAAGACGUUUGGAUGGCCCUUGAUAUGCUUCCACGUUUCCGUUGGCGUUGGGAACGCAAGGAUGUCAAUGGCGGACACCCUCUUAUCGCUAAACUGGCCGAGAAAGUGCUCAAUGUCAACCUGCGUAGUGUCGGUCCAACCAAAGACCCGGUUCUGCUUUCCGAACUUGAUUGGGAUACGGAUUCACCUGGUGGAAUGCUGGGAUCGCCCUCGCUGGCCACGCAACAAGUGCAACAACACAUGCAACAGAGGACACCAACCAUGGCUGCUGCCUAUCCAAACGGUGCAAAUUCUAGCGCUUACGGUCCGCAACAACGUGGACCUGGAUCUUCGAGUACCACACCUAUUAAGAAUGUCAAUGGAACAUCCACGAAUGGAAUGACCACUGAUAAAUUAGCCGAGGUACCCGCGGGCCUGUUUUACCCUUUCUAUCCAGAAAACCCUAUGGGUUCUAUGAGUGGCCCACAGGCGUCUGGCGUAUCCAGUGAGACUGCAUCAGCGAACGGGGACGCAGGCAAUGGAAAUAAUAGCCAAGACUAUAGCCAUUUGUUGGCGGCUGCGGCAGCUCAGCCCAACGGCACUUAUGGUUGUCAGUCAUCUCAGGAUUCGUACAUGCUAGAAGAGAAACCUCCUAUGACAAGUGGUCAUGGGAUGCAGAUGUGGAUGAACGUUGUGAGUAAUCUGGUUCAUUUAGAUUACCUAGCCAGCUGACUCGCCUUGUUUUAAAGGGGGAGAGGGGUAUGCCUCAGUUUAUGACUGGUUCUUGAUUGCGUUUAGUGAAUCCGUGCCCGUUAUUUGAACAUUUCCUCUAUUGUAUGCUGUCUUUCAACGAUUCUUAUUCG